AAACAAAUCAAACGAUAGCCUAAAUAGCAUUGCUUACUGCACUGACAUAGGCCUAUUGUUUUUCAACAGCCUUAGCAAACAUUUUAGAAUAACAGUGUUGUCACCUCGGCAGGCAACGGAUGCCGACAUUCAUUAAAAAGAAGAUGAUUGUAUGGUCAGCAGUAUGCAAGGACCAGGGAAACCACACUGCAAGUCAAAAUACAUCUAAAUAACCCACAAGUCCAUCCAGGCAGUGUGCAACUACUGAAAUACAAAGAUGGGCACUCUUGUUGCUACUGCCGUGUUUCUCUAUGGGUUGAUGCCACUGGCUUUUGGUUUCCCCCCUAUUCAGAGACAGCCUGAGCAGGUGCACUUAUCCUAUCCAGGGGUCCCGGGCUCCAUGCUAGUGACGUGGACCACGGUGAACGAGACAGACAGUGUGGUGGAGUACGGGGUGUGGGGAGGAAAGCUGUUUGAGCUCUCGGCCAAAGGCCAGGCUACGCUGUUUGAAGAUGGAGGUUUUGAGAAGAGGCAGAUGUUCAUCCACAGAGUCAUGCUGACAGACCUGAAGCCUGGCGUCUCCUAUGUGUAUCACUGUGGCUGUGAUGCUGGCUGGAGUGACAUGUUCUACCUAACGGCUCUGAGGGAGGACUCAGACUGGAGCCCGCGGUUUGCCCUGUUUGGGGACAUGGGCAACGAGAACCCCCAGUCUCUGGCCCGGCUGCAGAAGGACACGCAGGUCGGAAUGUAUGAUGCCAUUCUGCACAUCGGGGACUUUGCUUAUGACAUGCAUGAGGAUAAUGCGCGGAUCGGGGACCAGUACAUGCGUCAGGUGGAGUCGAUCGCCGCUUACGUGCCAUACAUGACCUGUCCUGGCAAUCAUGAGAAUCCCUACAACUUUUCCAACUACCGGAACCGCUUCAGUAUGCCAGGGAACACCGAGAGCCUCUGGUACAGCUGGAACGUAGGACCUGUCCACAUCGUUUCCUUCUCCACAGAGGUCUACUUCUAUCUCCACUAUGGCCUGGACCUUCUCUUUAAACAGUACGAGUGGCUACAGAAGGAUCUUGAGGAGGCGAACAGGCCGGAGAACCGAGCCCAGAGGCCCUGGAUCAUCACCAUGGGCCACAGGCCAAUGUACUGCUCCAACGCAGACAAGGACGACUGCACCCAGUUCAACAGCUGUGUCAGGACUGGACUCAAUACCACCGACCCCCCAGCACCUGGGCUCGAGGAUAUUUUCUACAGAUAUGGUGUGGACCUGGAGGUGUGGGCCCAUGAGCACAGCUACGAAAGGCUCUGGCCAGUUUACAAUUACACGGUUUUCAAUGGGAGCACAAAUGAACCGUAUGUGAAUCCUAAAGCGCCUGUGCACAUCAUCACUGGAUCAGCUGGAUGCAAGGAGCGGACGGACCCCUUCAUUCCUGACUUCAGGGCCUGGAGCGCGUUCCGAAGCACUGACUAUGGUUACGCUCGGAUGCAGGUGUUCAACUCCAGCCAUCUUUACCUGGAGCAGGUAUCUGAUGACAAGUAUGGGAAGGUUAUCGACAGCAUAUGGCUGGUAAAGGACAAGCAUGGCCCAGAGGCGUGGCUCUGAGGAAUCUUCUGGAAGUGACAAGGUCACAGGAAAUGGACCUGGACCAAUCAGAAUCUCUCAGGAAAUACACUGUUUUACCUAAUCAAAGGUGAACUGCACUUUAGUCUGCAUAAAACUGGCAAGAGAUGAUUUUUGAAUAAAAGAAAGAACACCGCAUAUGAGAAAAAAUCCAAAAGCAAGCAACACAAACAAAUGCUCUCACUUUUAGGAUUAAUCAGAUGCACUUGUGAAUCGGAGGUCACGUUUGAACCCCGGAAUGAUUUCAGAGUGCAUGUAGCCAGACAUACUGUACACUGUUUACUUCCCCCCAAAGGAAACUGGCGCUUCUCAGAUCAGCAGGGAAAGAAUGAGUCCUUUAAACAGAAGGAGAAUGCCAUAAGUGCAAGGGAAUGGAUGGGAGUGCAAGAGAAGUGCGGCUAGCACAUCCUUUUUGGCCUGUCUUAAAUGUGUCAAGCCAUCAGACUAAAUCCUUUUUCUUUCCCCUUUUCUGUUGACAAUAAGAUGUUUUGUUAUUGAGCGUAAUGGACAUCUACCAAGUCUAUACUGUAAUUACACACGUUUGGAAAGUGUACGACUACGAAAUCCCUUUUUAAUAUCCAUCCUUUAUGUUUCUUUUGUCAAACACUCUCUUAACAGUAAUGUACACAGUGACUUUGAUCUACACAACAGAUAUUAAUAAAUCCUUUUCCCCCCAG